AUGACCACACGACUCCAUUCCAUCAUCAUAUUGUUGGGAUUAUUUUCGAUCGAACAAGGGUUUUAUGUGCCAGGUGUAGCUCCCGUUGAGUUUCGAAUCGGUGAUUCAAUUGAAGUAAAGGCUAUUAAACUAACGAGCACAAAAACUAUUGUUCCAUAUGAAUACUACUAUCUUCCGUUUUGUCGCCCUGAUGGAGAUUUGCUGUACAAAUCGGAGAAUCUUGGCGAAGUAAUGCGCGGAGAUCGUAUCGUGAAUACCCCGUACCAGUUAUUUAUGAAGAAAAAUGUGGCUUGUGCUUCGGCUUGUACGAAAAACGAACCGGUACGGAUGAUGGAUCGAAUCAAGGAAGAUUAUCAUGCUCACCUGUUGGUCGAUAAUUUACCGUCUGCUACGAAAUACGAGAUUCCAAAAACAGGAGAAGUAUUCUAUGAUCUUGGAUACAAAAUCGGAUGGGUUGAUGAAGAUGGAAAGGUCUUCCUCAACAAUCAUUUGGACAUUGUGAUGUUAUAUCAUGAACACAUGCCUGGAUUAUACCGUGUUGUAGGGUUUGAAGUGAAACCACGUUCAGUGAAGUCCGUCACAUUUAAUAAACAGGUUGAAUGUAAUGAAGUCGACAAAGAUGUGAACCUCUAUGAGUUGAAAGAAGAGGACCAGAAAAUUUAUUGGACGUACAGUGUCACGUGGGAACCAAGUGAUAUUCCAUGGGCAAGUCGAUGGGACGUGUACUUGUCCGUGAAAGCCGUCGAUAUUCACUGGUUUAGCAUCCUCAAUUCGAUUGUCGUUGUAUUUUCUCUUAGCGGUUUCUUGAGUGUUUCUAUUGUACGGGCGGUUCGACGAGACAUUGCACACUACAAUAAGGAUGAGGCGGAGGAUGAUACUCUAGAGGAGACAGGUUGGAAGCUCGUUCAUGGUGAUGUCUUUCGCCCACCUCCGCACCAAAUGAUCCUUGUCAAUAUGGUGGGUACUGGCAUUCAACUACUUGGAAUGGUUGGAAUCGUUGUUUUCUUUGCUAUGCUGGGGAUGCUUUCACCUGCUAGUCGUGGUUCGCUUAUGUCCGCAGCUGUAUUCUUAUUCUGUUUCAUGGGUCUUGUUAGCGGUUACCAAGCUGGCCGCCUCUAUAAGACGUUGAAAGGGCGCAAUCCUAUUCGUUGCGCUAUUCAGACUGGAACUUUAUUUCCUACUCUUAUUCUUGGAAGCGGAUUUGUGCUAAACUUUUUCUUAAUCGUCAAACAGUCCUCUGGAGCUAUUCCGUUCGGCACAAUGAUAGCACUGUUGUUAAUGUGGUUCGGAAUCGAUUUACCAUUGGUAUUUCUUGGAUUCUACUUUGGAUAUCGAAAGCAGCCAUAUACCCAUCCUGUACGUACCAAUCAAAUUCCACGACAAGUACCCGACCAGCCGUGGUAUCUUCAGACGAUUCCAUGCACAUUACUCGCAGGGAUAUUGCCGUUUGGUGCCAUGUUUAUUGAGCUGUUCUUCAUUUUCUCGGCGAUUUGGGAAAAUCAGUUUUACUACUUAUUCGGUUUCCUGUUCAUUGUUUCUUUGAUACUUGUCAUCAGUACAGCUCAGAUCUCGAUUGUAGCAACGUACUUCAUGUUGUGUGCUGAGAACUAUCGUUGGUGGUGGAAGUCCUUCAUUGUUAGUGGCGGCUCAGCAGUUUACGUGAUGGCUUAUUCAAUAUUCUACUACAACACAAAGCUAGAUAUCGAGGGCUUCGUGCCGACCGUGCUGUAUUUCAGUUAUUCAGCUCUAAUGGCGGUUACAUUUUGGUUCCUUACCGGUACAAUUGGAUUCUACGCAUCGUAUGCAUUCUUGCGACGUAUUUAUGCCGCAGUUAAAAUUGAUUAG